GAUAAUUUUGACUAUCAGCUGAUCACAGUAUUUUUUUGGAUAAAAAGCUGGCAGCACUAUGCGAUUUCGCACUAUUUGAAAACAAAAAACAAUUUAAAUAAGCGAGGCUUAACUAACAAUACAUUUAAAUUUAUAUGAAAACAUUUUGUACAUAAAUAUUAAAAAUGUUACAAACUAGUGCAAUGAAGCAGCUUGGAAUAAAAAAUAUGGGCUGCGUUGUUGAACAAAUGGAAUGGAGCAAUAAAAUGGACCUAAUCGCUUUCAGUACCGACAAAGGGGAAGUUAUUAUACAGCGUUUAAAUUGGCAGAAAAUUGUGACUUUUCCAUCUCCAGGUGAAAAUAUAUUUGUACGGUCACUAGGUUGGCAAUUGGAUGAAACAAUUGUAGCAGUUGGAUAUAGUAAUGGUAGAGUUUCACUUUUGGACGCUGAGCGUGAAGAUGUCAUAUCAAAUCUUGACUAUGAGGAAGAUAUAAAAACAGUUUUCUUUAGUAAAGCCAUUAAUGCGACGAACUAUAAAAAUAGCUAUAGAAAUCAGAGUGAGUUAUCAUAUGAUUUCUUUUUACCUACAUUACCUUCACUAAGCGCUAUUGGUGCACCGGCGAAAACUAUAGAAUAUCACAAGUCAUUUGCAAAAGGAUCACCAUGUUUUCUUGUAAUUAUUAUGACAAGUGGAAAAGUGCAUUUUUUGCUUUUGGGUGCACUGAAAGCAGGCACAAUUGAUUUGAAAGAGCAUGUAGCACAACCUGAUGAAUUUGAAGUAUAUGAUGUACGUAUGUCUGGCGAUUUUAAUACAGUUUAUGCACUUGUAAGAGAUGGUGGUUAUUUAAAAGUUCUACAAUUUCACAAUGAGAUUUUGGAGCAGUAUAUAUCUCCAAUGUUACAUUUGUCCGAACAUUGUGCUAAUAUUUUGGAGACCAAAAAUUAUAUAAAUAACACAAUACAAUGUAUACUCGAGUCUUGGGAAACUGUUCUGAUUGAAAUGGAUAACAAACUUACCAAAUAUGCGAAUCAACAGCCUGAAGGUUCAUUAUCUGCAGAUUUUUUGGAAUUGCUUGUUUUUGGUUAUGCUACCCAUGAAAUUGAAGAAUUUUUAAUGGAAGAAAUCACAGAGAAGGGACUAAAAAAGUUGGCUAAUUCAGUUGAUCUGAGUUACUCUACAAUACAGAAUCUAGUUACAAAACCAAUGCAAAGUGCAGCAAUUAAUAUGUUUUAUUUUUUAAAUACUAUAAAAGGUCUUGGACGUAUAGCCUAUUUUUUUGAGCCUUUGAUUACUACUGAAGUAGCCGAGGAAGCACUUAGACUUUGUGGAGCAUUCCUUAUUAAAGUAUUAGAAAUGCAGCAAGUGAUUGACCAAAGUGUCAAUGAUAUGAAACUAUUCUUUUGCUGGUUAUGUGUGGUAAUAGUACGACUACAUCAACAGGACGUUACAGAAGAUAUGUCACAAAUAUCACCUGAAGAUACUAUAUAUUUGGCUGAAUAUCUUAAUAGUUUUGAGGAUUGUGUUAUAAAAAAUUAUGACGGCACAGUUACUAAACGAAAAUUUAAUUUGGAAAAAGUUGGUCAAUAUUUGGAGAAUAAAAAUUUACAACAAAUGGCUAAAGCAGAUGUGCAUCAUUUGUGGAAUAAAUUAGUAGAGGAAAAUGAAUGUUUAGGUAAUUGUACGCUUUUAUAUCCACACGAAAAGGAAUUAUCACUAAUUCAACAGCGCGAUAAAAUGUUCAAUGCAAUUGAUCAAGUUUUAAAAAAAACUGAUGAUAGCAUUAGCGCUAGCUUUGAACUCAAUAAUAGUGUAGUAUGCAGUAGCUUGCCAUCGAAUGGUAGCGACUUUGUAUGUAGCUCUUAUAAUGUAAAUACAACAACAAAUUGUGAUGUUAUUGUAACGACAAUUAAUUGGAAUGAAUUACUAGUGUUAGAAUUUAAUCGUAUAUUUACAACAAUGAGAUGCACUCGUUUAGAUCUGCGACCAGGGCCCUUUACUUCAAAUCUCAAUAUAUCAUUGGAGAAUUUACGUUUCGUUGAUUUACAAUUUUACAACGAAAACAUACUCUCAAUCCUGCUACAAAAUGAGCAGGAAAUUCCACAAAGCUUCUUUUUGCAGUUAACGCUGGAUGUCUUGAAUGGUAAAGCUACUGAACACGCUCUGCCACAUAAUUUGAUAAUGUCAGAAAUCGCAAUUGGACAUAGUUUACAUGACUCAAUUGAAACCACAAAUUUCAAGAAUAUGGACGGCAUCUGCACUCAUUUGGCAGUAUCUGGGAGCAGAAAGGUUGCAACUUUACUAUCGGAUCUUCAACGUAAAAUGACGAUAUUUGAAAUGGAAGUCGAGGAAGAUGAUGAAGACACCGAAAUGUCACAGAAUUCAUUAUUAGACAUGAGUAAAGAAUCUGCAAUUUCAUCGAAUGAAUGAAUAAUUGAAGAAUUUAUG